GCUGUGGACGAGAGCACUGACGCGUCUGAUACUGCGCAGCUGUCAGUCUUCAUCCGCGGUGUCGACUCAAAUCUGUGUGUUACGGAGGAGCUUUUGGGAUUUAAAUCCAUGCAUGGCACAACCACAGGGAAGGACAUCUUUGAGGAGGUUUGCAAAUGUGUAACUGAAAUAAACCUGCCGUGGGAUAAACUCGUGGGAUUAACCACUGAUGGUGCGCCAGCGAUGAGUGGUACAAAGAAUGGACUGGUGGGCAGGAUGCGGGAAGAGAACUGUGCAGACAGACUACUGGUAUGGACAAUAAGGCGUUGGAACCUGACUCUGUGAGUAUACCCAUGGAGGAGGCCAUCAUGUGUAAUGGAGCCGGCCAGCCUCAGCAGCAGCAGGAAGCAUCUCUUUUAACCCACCUGAAGAAGGUUGAGAACCAGAUCACUGAAGCCCAGCGUUUCUCCCACCUCCCCAAACGCUCAGCUGUGGACCUGGAGUUCAGCAACCUUUCCUACACUAUCCAGGAGGGACCAUGCUGGAGGAGGAGAGGUUUCAAAGCCUUACUGAAGUGCCUGUCUGGAAGGUUCUGCAGUCGGGAGCUGAUAGGAAUCAUGGGGCCCUCUGGGGCCGGGAAGUCCACCUUAAUGAACAUUCUGGCUGGAUACAGGGAAACGGGGAUGAAGGGUCAGAUCCGGGUAAAUGGGAAACCCAGAGACCUGAGGAAAUUCAGGAAAAUGUCCUGUUACAUCAUGCAGGAAGACAUGCUGCUGCCACACCUCACUGCACGAGAGGCCAUGAUGGUUUCAGCCAACUUAAAGUUGAAUGAAUCUAUGGAUGUGAAGAAAGAACUGGUGAAUGAGAUUCUGACUGCAUUAGGGCUCCUGGAAUGUGCUUACACACGGACCAGCUCGCUGUCCGGGGGUCAGUGUAAGCGGCUGGCCAUCGCCCUCGAACUGGUCAACAAUCCUCCAGUCAUGUUCUUUGAUGAGCCCACCAGUGGCUUAGACAGUGCAUCAUGCUACCAGGUGGUCUCACUAAUGCGCUCUCUGGCGCUGGGAGGACGGACCAUCAUCUGCACCAUCCACCAACCCAGUGCCAAGCUGUUUGAGAUGUUUGACAAGCUUUACAUUCUCAGUCAGGGACAGUGUAUCUACAAAGGCUCAGUCCCUUACCUCAUCCCCUACCUGAAGACUCUUGGCCUUUACUGUCCUACCUACCACAACCCUGCAGACUUCAUCAUUGAAGUGGCAUCAGGAGAGUACGGAGACUUGAACCCGGUGCUGUUUGAGGCAGUCCAAGGUGGACUGUGUGCAUUAGAGGAGAAGAAGAACCAAUGUGAUAACAAUGGCACAGCUGUGUGUGCAUCAAAGUGCCCAAAGGAUGCUGGACACAUAGAGAGCCAUACUUUUGCCACAAGCACUCUAACACAGUUCUGUAUCCUCUUCAAGAGAACCUUCAUAAUUAUAUGUCGAGACCAGGUUUUGACACACCUUAGACUGAUGUCCCACAUCGCCAUAGGUGUGUUAAUAGGCUUGCUCUAUCUGAACAUCGGCAAUGAUGCGAGCAAGGUCUUUAACAACACCGGGUUCCUCUUCUUCUCUAUGCUCUUCCUCAUGUUUGGAGCGCUCAUGCCAACCGUGUUGACCUUUCCUCUGGAGAUGUCUGUGUUCCUGAGGGAACACCUGAACUACUGGUACAGCCUGAAAGCCUACUACCUGGCCAAAACCAUGGCUGAUAUCCCAUUCCAAGUGAUCUGCCCCAUCAUGUACUGUAGCAUAGUGUACUGGAUGACAGAGCAGCCUCCUGAGGCCAGCCGCUACCUGCUCUUCCUCGCCUUGUCCACCUGCACUGCCCUGGUAGCCCAGUCCCUCGGCCUUCUGGUUGGGGCCGCCUCCACCUCAUUACAGGUAGCCACAUUUGUUGGACCUGUCACAGCCAUCCCAGUGCUGCUUUUCUCUGGAUUCUUUGUGAACUUUGACACAAUCCCCAAGUACCUGCAGUGGACCUCCUAUGUGUCUUAUGUCAGGUACGGCUUUGAAGGGGUGAUCCUGUCCAUCUACGGGAUGAACCGUUCAGAGCUUGAGUGUCCUGGGAAGGUGUGUAAGUUCCAAAAGCCUGAAGAGGUUCUGCAGUUGUUGGAUGUGGAAGACGCAAAGCUUUACAUGGAUUUCAUUGUCCUUGGCAUUUUCUUCAUCGUCCUGCGGCUGGCCACCUACCUUGUCCUCCGCUACAAGGUCAAGUCUGAGCGAUAAGUUUGGCUUUGUUCACCUUCCAAAUCUCAAGGCCCCUCCCUCAUGUCAUACCACACCUGCUCUCUUUUCUGUGCACAGAAAACAACCUCUCAUCUGGGAAUUUUGUUUUCAAUCCAUUGUACGCAUUGCUGCUAAAUGGGCAGAACAUAAAUUGUGAUCUGUUCUACUGCCAACAACUGUGCAGCGACUGAUGAUGCAGAGCAGCGAAGAAUCAUCUUAUAAAUCAACGUAUACCUGUUUUACCUCAGACAUCAGGACUUAACUCCUGUGCACAGAGACAAAGGGCAAAGAGACUGAGCCACAUUCAGAUACCUAUAUUGUAUAUGUCAUAACCCUACAAGACAGAAAUGUUUCCAGAAUAAGUAAGUGAUACAGUGACACUUAUUUGAGUGGACACGCAUGUUUAUUCUAAACUGUGUGCUACCAUUCUGUCACUGUUGAGUGUUAGGACUUUGGUCCACAGAGAAAAGCAAAUACAGAGUGUUUACAUUGCUCUAUUAGUAAAAAAGAAAACCUAGAGGAAAGACUGUUGCACUGGAAAGUAAGUGGGAUGUAUUGUGCCUGAAAGAAUGAACACUGGAAGAAAGCAGUUUGUUGGAGCUCUUUUGUUCUAUAUUUUUGCAUAUGACAGAACCUGGGUGGCAGUUUGUAGUCUAAAAAUAUUUACUUCCUGUGUAUGAAAAUAAAAUCAUUGUUUGAGCUAGAUUUUUUUUUAACAUGUUGAUAGUUGUAAAUUAAGCUUUACCAUGAUUGUCUAUCGAAAUUUGGUAUUUUUUGGACUUGCAUAGUAUAAUCUGAAAUCUUUCAAAUCUCAGUUUAAAUAAAAAAUUAUUAAGCCUUAAUCAUUUUAUACUGUACUGUAUUAUAUUUAGUACUAUAUGUAAAUCCAAUAAUAUAGAUGUAUUUAAGAUAAAUAUAUGAGUUACUGUAUCAUUAUUCUUUUGUGUCCACACUACAUCCAGUAAUGUCACGAGGACAUAACAUGCUCAUUCAAUCAUGUUUGGUGCUAUCUGAAGUUUCAUGUUUUAUUUGAAUUACAUGUAUUUAAAAAAAAAAACCUGAUGCACCUGGACUGCACGUUACACAAAUACUGAGCACUUGACAACCAGAGAAAAA